AUGGUGUGUGGGAUCUGGACGGCUCUGCAUGGUAUGUGUUUGUGCGGGGUGCAUGCGGGUGUGCGUGUGGUGUGCUGCGGUGCAUGCGGGUGUGCCUGUGGUGUGCUGCGGUGCGGAUGGGCGUGCGUGCGGGUGAGGGUGGCAGGCGUCGGAGAAGAAGGCAAGCAACCCGAUGCGGGAGAUCAAGGGCAGGUGCUGGAGCAGCUGAGCGGUCAAGUGCCCGUCUUCUCCAAGGGUCAGUCUCCCUGCCUUAGCCCCACCCCCACACACGUGCUCUUUCGUCCACUCCCUCAUCCCUUAGUUCCGCUCGCCCGUUUUACUCUCCCCCCCUCCCCCAUCCGCUCCCUUCCCAGAGCCCGUGUGAAGGAGUUUGAGUUGCUUCGCCGCAACUUCAGCGCCACUGGCUGCUUUGGGUUUGGAAUUCAGGAGCACAUUGACCUGGGAAUCAAGUAUGACCCGUCCACUGGCAUUUACGGAAUGGACUUCUUUGUUGUGCUCGAGCGCCCCGGCUACCGCGUGUCGCGCCGACGGCGGGCCAAGUGCCGCGUGGGCAUUCAGCACCGCGUGACCAAGGAGGAUGCGAUGAAGUGGUUCCAAGUCAAGUACGAGGGGAGUCAUCCUUAA